UUUUCAGGGCCACGCUUAAAAAAAAAAUCAUAAUCUUCUUUUUCUCUCGCCCUCAAUUAGCACCGCCGCCAGUGAGUCGGUCUUCCGGCUGUCGCCCGCCUUCCAUCGCCGGCCAAUCUCCCGUCUCCGACGGUUGCAGCGACACCGGGGUGUGGGUUUCUAUUUCUCUCGCUUUCGUCUUCUCUCUCUCUCUCGGCACUGGCGCUCUCUGUAGGUUACUGCUUGCAGCUGCUACCGCGCCGCCGCCCUUGAACGUCUCCGGUCACAUUCGCCGCCGCUUCAAGUGUUGUGCCAAAAAUUGAGAUGGAAGAAGUUAAAUUUGAUCUCGACUCAAAAGAGAAGAUUUUUGAGAUUUUUAAAGAGUUCAUGGCUAGUGUUGCAAAGCUUGAGGAAUUGGGAACCUUAGGAAGUCAGUUGCUUUCUGGCAUUCAGCAAGGGCUUGAGCUUCUUCGGCGACCUGCGAUAAAUAGAACAUCAAAGUUGAUUGAGAAUGUCAUUGAAACGAACAAUACGGAGAGUCUUAGAUCAUACAUUGAGGCUGGAUGCAUCAAUACUCAUGAUGCCGUGCAAAGUACAAAGAAGUUGCAUUCAUGUCGGGUUGGACUGGAUGAUCAUUUAAAAAAAGCAAGGAGCAUAAUUGACAAACUCGAGCGCCUACUCAAUGAUGUAAAUAUUGCACUGGAAACUGAAAAUCCCCCAUGCAGUUCAACAGUGUCAGAUGAAGAUCUAGAAUUCAAUGAAGAUGAAGCAACUGUUCCUAAUAAGAAACCUGAUGCGAAUGAAUAUGCUUUAUUGAUGGGGAUCAUCAAAGUUAUGGUCAAGAAAAACCACAGAAUGCAGAUUAUCGAAACUGUAAAUUGUUGCAGGAGAAGAUUAUUUCAGGUUUAAGUCUCAAAUCAUCCUCUGGGGAACUCGAAACAUAUUGCUUAAUGUGGUCCUUACAACCGUAUAUAGACGAUGAAAUUAUGCAUCAAGCAUGGAAGCUUGUUUGAUGACUGGUAACAACUUUGACUCUGAAUGAAUUUGUCUAUAAGAUGUUCAUAAGUUGCUGCAGUUAAUGAGUUAAGCCAAUGUCUGAUAGUUGGAGUUGGAGUUUUCUCUUGGAUCAAUAUCAUCUUCCAGGGGCAUUAAAGGCUUUAAGUUGAACUGUUCGGUUCAUCUGUGAACAUUUUUUUUAGAUUAAAUGGUUAUUUUUUAGUUUCUCCAAUUUUGCAUUAGUGAAUAUCCAAUGUAAACAAGUAUGUAAAGUUCAAUGUUGUAUUUUUGAAGCCAUGUCAAAUGUUGUUAAUUAAUGAGAAAUGAAUAGCAAUGUUUAGUCCAUUCAAACAGACA